GGCAAAUGCAUCUCGGGAAAUGUAGUUCCGGUGAAUGUGCAAUGUGCUGCUUCCUCGGGUAGUGCUGAAGUGAAUUUGAGCAACGUGUUUAUCAACGAGAGAGUUGCUGUCGAGAUGGCACAGAAUAAGAGCGACGCGCAAGCUCCAGAGGAGAGCUUUACCGUUCAUGGUAUACAGAUGGCUUCAGAGAAUGGGGAAAUGAAGGGGCAGCAAACCCCUAAUGAGGAACAGCAGUCUCCCAAUGAAGAACAGCAAUUUCUCCCCGUGGAGCUUCAGUCACCUACAGUCAAGCUGCCUUCUCCUUUAGAGGGUGUGGAGACCCUGCCAGAGGAGUACAAGCAAUGGAAGUUCCUGCUCUUCUACCUUUGUAUAUAUGGCUUUAUGACUCAGCUGCGUCCUGGAGAAAGCUUUAUAACGCCAUACUUACUGAGCCCAGAGAGGAAUUUCACAAAAGAGCAGGUGAGGACCCAAUGGUUACCAAUGAGAUCACGCCAGUGCUGAGCUACUCCUACAUGGCUGUUCUUGUGCCAGUCUUUCUGCUCACUGACUAUUUGCGAUACAAGCCUGUGCUGAUUCUGCAGAGUUUAAGUCACAUCUCAGUGUGGCUGCUGCUCAUCUUUGGCACAGAUGUAAUUGCCAUGCAAUUUAUGGAAUUCUUCUAUGGUAUCACAAUGGCAGCUCGGGUCGCUUAUUCCUCUUACAUUUUCUCUCUGGUGUCACCGACGAAUUAUCAGCGGGCGGCAGGGUACUCCCGUUCCUCAGUACUUAUGGGUGUCUUUACAAGUGCUGUACUUGGGCAGCUGUGCAUCAGCUUGGCUGGUGUGCCUUUCAAAACCCUUAAUUACAUAUCCUUGGGCUUUAUGGCACUUGGGCUCAUCCUUACCUUAUUUCUAAAAAGGCCCGAGAGAAGUCUUUUCUUCAAUAAAAGCAUUUCUAAGCAGGAGAAUGGCAUUCACCUCUCUGAGGAGCAAAAAGCAAUCCCUGGAGCUAAAACCGGGGGUUUCUGCUCUGGAUGCAGAAACUUUGUUAUUAUACGCAUGCUGAUGGAACUCAAAGGAACUGUACGUAACCCCCGACUUCGUCUAUGGUCUCUAUGGUGGAUAUUUAACUCUGCUGGCUAUUACCUAAUGCUAUAUUAUGUACAGAUUUUGUGGAACACGAUCUACCCUACCAUUGAUAAUAGAAAAGUGUACAAUGGUGGUGUUGAUGCAGCAUCCACGCUCCUUGGAGCCAUCACAUCCUUUGCUGCAGGACAUAUAAAGAUCAGAUGGAAUCUGUGGUCAGAAUUGGUCAUUGGGCUGGUCACUGCUUUCCAGGCUGGGCUUCUUAUUCUUAUGAACACAACAGAAAAUAUCUGGGUUUGCUAUGUAGCCUACGUUCUUUUUAGAAGUUCGUACCAGUUCCUGGUUCCCAUUGCCAUCUUCCAGAUUGCAAGUAACUUGUCCAAAGAGCUUUGUGCUUUAGUGUUUGGAGUUAACACAUUCUUUGCCACCAUUCUGAAAACCAUAAUUACUAUUAUCAUCGCUGAUAAGAGAGGUCUGGCUCUUUCUGUACACCCUCAGUUUUAUGUCUACUUUGCAUACUUUACCGUGUUGGCGGUGCUGUACCUGGGGGCUGCUGCCUUUGUCAUUAUCAGGCAUUAUCAUGCAGAACGACUGAAAGAGAAACCUCAAGUACUUCCAAAGCCUGAAACCGAGCAGACAACUACAUCCAACAAUGCUGCCACAUGUGAAUCCCGUGCAUAACUCCUGGCACGGACCUACAAUAGGAAGUCCGUGAGUUCCAUCCUUUGUAUGUACUGCAAGCGUUGGGAGAACAAUUUUAGGAGUUAGUGAGACUAAGUUGCACUAAGGUAAGUGCGAUGAGCGAGAUAAAGAGAGAUUCUCUCUCUUAACUACAAGAGAAAUGUAUGAACUACAUUUCUGUGUGGUUUCUGCUUCUUCGGCCUUUUACAAAAACGGUUUGACGGGGAGAGAGUCAAACCUCACACCUCACUUUUUACUGGACUCAUCCAAGAUGAAGGAUUCCAAGCAGUUUAAGUGACCUAAUAUACUGAUAUUGUAGAUAUUUCUAAAAGGCAAAUCAAUUUUUUUUAUUGAUGAAAUGCUAUUUCGCACAUUUGUGUUCUUAUGAUAACACCACGAUACACUGGAUGUAGAAAUCCACAUAACUUGGAAGACUUUCAGCAGAAUCCUCUAUACUGUAUGAAAUGCUUGCUGGUUGCUUAAAGUGUGUUACAUUUUAUGAAGGGCAAGGGAAUAACUCCAUAUCUGAGAGAGAAUUUUGAACUAUACAAUGACUGCCUUUACAUUCGCUAGGUAUAAUACUUCAGUAAGUAUUUCACUAACAAUGGAUUAUUAAUACUGGAGCAGAAGCAUUUCUUAAAUGUAAGAGGAAGGUGGGAGGCAAAUGUGUUGAACGGGGAGCCAUUUUGCAAUGCACAAGUGCAUUAGGUUCCCUUAUGUUGUAUGGGGAACAUUUUUGGACCAAGUUUCAAGCAUAGAAUGAUUCAGAAUGUUCUGCCUAUAGUUUCAUGGAUAAUAUAAAUCAGUGAAAUGCUAUUUUAUUUUUUAUAUUAGGUCUGUGACUACUCAGGUCCUCGUGUAUCAACAUGGUUCAGGGAUGACUUCCACAAGCACAGAGGGUGAACUUUGUUAGCCAGUGAGAUAGCUUAAAGGGGACCUGUCACCCACACAUAAAAAGCUGUAUAAUAAAAGUUGUUUAACAAUUAAAUAUGAAAACCAAAUUCUUUUUUCUAAUUAAAUCAAUACCUCUUAUACAUGUACUUAAAAACCUGCUCUAUCAAUCUUAUAUUGCCUGCCCCACCUCUAUGCCUAGGUGUAGAGGUGGGGCAGGUAUUAUAUGAUUGACAGCUCGGUUUUUUAGUUACAAUUACUUCCUAGAUAUCACCUAGAUGGCGUCUGUCUGCUUGAUGUGACUGUAAAUUCCGAGGCUGAAGAAAAAAAGAUAGUCAAUAAUUUAUAUAGUGUAAGCAAAGUUUUUUUUGCGCUACUAACAUGAUUUGGAAUUAUUUCUUAGGGUGACAGCUCCUCUUUAAAGAAGAAGAAAAGCUAGACUCAUUAGGAGUGCCAGGUUAUUUAGCAAUUGCCUGGUUGCUUAUUUCCUACCCCAGGCCAGCUUUCAAAAAACUGCACAGCCUUGGGACCCUUUUCCUCUGAGCACUGCCAUCUUGUCUUGGUUUCCCAGGCAUUCCUUGUGCCUUGAGAGAACACAUGCACAGUACUUCAGCAGGUGCUGGGGAUGCCUGGAGAAGCCAGAAAAUCUUGUAGUGCAGCUCUCACAGAGGAAAAGUUCCCCAGACCAGUGCAUUUUUGGAAGUAAUAUGUAAAAGGCUCACUGGGAGGUACCUAACAACUUGGCAUCCUCCAGUGAUUCUGCAUUUUGUUCUCAUUUAAAGUUUCUGAACCCCAUGGCACUGGGUCUUUAAUUAGUUCUUGGGUAACGUGAUCUGCUUCACACACUUAUACUAAAACUGUGCAUUAUUCAAUGGGGUGGUGCUUUGGAUGUUAACAGACUACCACUUCAGCACCCCCAAGAGCCUUAAGGUGGCCAUACACGCACCGAUAAUAUCGUACGAAACCUCGUUUCGUACGAUAUUCGGUGCGUGUAUGGUAUGUCGGCGAGUCGACCGAUAUCGCAGGAAGCUGCUGAUAUUGGCCGACUCACCGAUUGGACCAGUUGGAAAAUUUUGAUCGGGCGCCGUAGAAGGCGCCUGACCAAAAUCUCCCUUCAGCGCUGAAUCUGCAG